GGGGGAGUGCAGAGGUCGCGAGUCUGGCCGCAGAGAGCCGCGGAGGCCACGGGGCUCAACCCCGGGCCGACGCGCCCUGGCACGGAGGGACUGCGGAGCGCGGCGGGGGCGCGGCGAGCGGCCGCAGAGGGACGGAGCGCGCGGAGGGGCGGCCGGCCGAGGCGGGGAGUCGGGACGCCACGGCUCGGAGCUGUUACGCACACCCAAGGACGACUGCUGAGGAGCAGCUGAGAGCAAGCGUUAACCCGGAAGGAGUGAACCCGGAAGUGAAAAUGAUACAGUGUCUGUCGGGCUGAAAUGUAGCAGGUCACAGAAGGUUCCGGCUUCAGAAAGGAAAGCCGUCGUCCUUUCUUCUUUUUCUUAGAUGCUGAGAUGAAUCGUCCCCUGUGUGCUUGGCUUUUUAGAUGUUCAUCUCUUAAUGGUCCCCGCCAGUACCACCUCCAGCGCCAGUCUCAUCAAUUUACACAGAUCCAUCUUGAUACAAGGCUGUGGAUUUUUAGACAAAACAGGAAUCGCAUUCUCCAUCAUCUGCUAAAUAAGAAUUGUCCCAGGAGAUAUUGUCAUCAGUCCAAGAUGCUGUGGAAGAAUAAAGCACUACAGAAAUAUAUGGAGGACCUGAAUAAGGAGUACCGGACUCUUGAUGAGUGUUUGCAGCGUAUGUCUGUGAAUGAAGGGGACCAGAAGUCCUUGAAUCGAAGGCAUGCUGAGUUGGCACCACUUGCAGCCAUUUACCAAGAAAUUCAGGAGGCUGAGCAAGCAAUUGAAGAAUUAGAUUCAAUGUGUAAAAGUCUAAAUAAACAAGAUGAAAAGCAGUUACAAGAACUCGCAUUGGAAGAGAGGCAAACCAUUGCUCAAAAAAUCGAUAUAUUAUACAGUGAGCUUUUCCAGAGUCUAGUGCCAAAGGAGAAAUAUGACAAAAAUGAUGUUAUUUUAGAGGUGACAUCUGGAAGAACUACUGGAGGUGAUAUCUGCCAGCAGUUUACUCGGGAAAUAUUUGAUAUGUACCAGAAUUAUUCAAGCUAUAAAAACUGGAAAUUUGAACUCCUAAAUUACACACCAGCUGAUUAUGGUGGGCUGCAUCAUGCAGCUGCCCGAAUUUCUGGUGACAGUGUUUAUAAGCAUCUGAAAUAUGAAGGUGGGAUUCACCGAGUUCAGCGAAUCCCUGAGGUGGGCCUGUCGUCAAGGAUGCAGCGCAUUCACACAGGAACCAUGUCCGUUAUUGUCCUCCCUCAACCAGAUGAGGUAGAUGUGAAGGUGGACCCCAAGGAUUUGCGAAUAGAUACAUUUCGAGCCAAAGGAGCAGGAGGGCAGCAUGUUAAUACAACCGAUAGCGCUGUCAGACUUGUCCACAUCCCCACAGGGCUUGUGGUAGAAUGCCAACAAGAACGAUCACAGAUUAAAAAUAAAGAAAUAGCUUUGCGUGUGUUGAGAGCUAGACUCUACCAGCAGAUUAUUGAGAAAGACAGGUGUCAGCAACAAAGUACUAGAAAACUGCAGGUGGGAACAAGAGCCCAGUCAGAGAGAAUUCGGACAUAUAAUUUCACCCAGGAUAGAGUCACUGACCACAGGAUAGCAUAUGAAGUUCGUGAUAUUAAGGAAUUUUUAUGUGGGGAGAAGUGUCUGGAUCAGCUAAUUCAGAGACUGCUUCAUUCAGCAGAUGAAGAAGCCAUUACUGAAUUUUUGGAUGAAAACCUUAAAUCAGCAAAAUAAAUGCAGAUUUAUUAUUAUUAUAUAAAUGAAAUGGACCUAUCUCAAGAAGCAAGCUAUUCAUAAAGUACAGCUAAAAUGACACAGUAUGUACAAAUAUAUUUUUUAAUGAAUAAGUCACAUUUCUUGACCUGAGCUUAUAAAGUACAAUCCAACUCUUCAAGCAGAAAACAAGCAUGCGUUGAAGAGAAAUAAAGUAUUGAGAAUUGACUAUGUGAUACAAGUUUAUAAACUGUAAACCCAUUUCAAGAAAAAGUAUUGUUAAUCAUGUUAAAAUUAGGUUUUAAACUGCUACUUUUAAAUAAAAAAUAAAUAAAGAUUGUGAAGACUGGGAGUCAAUAACAGUGAGCAUGUCCAGGAUACAGGUUGUAGAGCUCUUUGAGACUGGAACAAAUUCUAUACAGUAUAAACUACAAGCCAGUAUUUAAAGUGAACUGUCUGCUUGGCUUUUAUUUCUCAUUUUUCUUUGGCCUAAUAUGAGCAUCAACAGAUGAGGUGUAACAUGAGUAAUUCUCUAUGCUUGGUUUUGUGCAGUGAUAUACAUAGGACCCAGUCCUUACCUUACAGAGUUUCCAGUUGAAUGACAGAGUCAAAAUAGAAACCACGAACUGUAAUACCAUGUGACGUGGUGUAUUUAGUACUUGUUCUCAGGAAGUUUCUUAAGUAAAAAAGAAAGGGGUUAUUAUUUUAGACAUUCCUCAGAAGGAAAUAUGUGCCCAGGAAAGACUAGCUAAAAUAGAGUUUUAAGACCAAUGGAAUUAGGAGGUAAACAGAGAAGUGAAAUUAUUUUUCCCCAGUUUUUUAUUUUGAAAAUCUUCAAGCACAUAGAAAAAGUUUUUAAAAUAAUUUUUAAGAAAUAGUGCAGUGAACAACUAGGUAUUUACCCAAAGGA